AUACAUUCUAAUUUUCUCGACUGUCAUUCGCCAGAUGGGGAAGCAGAAAACUGCUCGGGGUGCACUCCUCGUCGCUAAUCUUCCGCAGCUCCAGAACCUCAUUAAAAGGGAUCCCGAGGGAUACAGAGAGGAGUUUCUCCAACAACUCAAUCACUUUGACAGCAUUCGGCAAAUAUUCGAGAUUAAGCCCGAUGACGAGGACGAGUCUAAGAAAUUUAGGGAUCUCAUUGGUUUUAUUUCGCAAGUAGCGCCAUGUUAUCCCAAGGAGACUGCCAAUUAUCCGUCACAACUGUCCACUCUCUUGCUGGAGAACUAUGCAAUCCUCAACCCAGAAACCCGAAAAGUCCUGGUUAGCAAUCUUGUUCUGCUUAGAAAUAAGAGCGUUAUUAACCCCCUCGAGCUCCUCCAAACAUUGUUCCCGCUCCUUCCAAUUACUACAUCCUCUGGGCUUCGUUCCACGAUACUGCACACAAUUCUGACUGUUAUGAAGACUGCGAACCAGAAGACUAAAAAUCACAAGCUUAACCGCGCGGUUCAAGCGAUGCUAUUCGGGAUGGUUGAGCGAGGGAUGGAUGGAGAAGUUUUAGGGGACAAAGGGAAGCUUCGUGGUGCUAAGAACGCAGCAGCCAAUAACCCCCCGGAAGGGAACAAAGUCAGGGACGAAGCUAUGUGGGCUGUCAAUUUAACGAAGGAAUUAUGGAAGAAGCGCGUUUGGACCGAUGCUAAAGCAGUAUCAAUAGUGAUGCUUGCGUGUCUCCAUCCCGUCACCAAAGUUCAAAGUGCCGCCAUCCAUUUCUUCCUUGGAAGUGAGGAUGACGAUGAAGAAGAGGAGGAGGAUCCGGAUCUGAAAGGGGAAUUACGGAGACAUACUGUAACAAAAAAGAAAGCCAGUUCAGACAGAAAACUGAACAAGGCCAAGAAACAGUCAAAGAAAUUCUGGGAAGAAAAAGAAAAUAAAGAAGCAAGUCCGAACUUCCCUGCCCUCCAGUUAUUACAUGAUCCGCAGUCAUUUGGGGAGCGGCUCUAUACGUUGCUCAACAAAUACGACAAGAGAUUUUCUUUAGAUCACAAAGUACUCAUCAUGCAACUCCUGAGUAGAAUAAUGGGUGCUCAUCAGUUGUGCAUCCUCGGUUUCUACACUUACAUCAUCAAGUAUCUAACGCCUUUCACGCUUUCCAUUCCUUCGAUCCUCGCGUGCCUUGCACAGUCCACUCACUCCCUCACUCCGCCGUCUGUUCUCGUUACUCCCAUUCGAAAACUCGCUAGUGAGUUUAUAUACCCUGGUGCCAGUGGAGGAGUGCAUGCGGCUGGUAUUAAUGCUAUCAGGGAAAUAUGCCGGCGUCAAAUAUGGGUAAUGGCUGAGGGAGGCGACAACACCGGAGAGGCUCUUGUCGAAGGCGUGACUGAAGAUGCUAUUAAUCGUGUCGUGGAUGACAACGAUCCCAAGGACCCUCUUCCAACACCUGGUAAAGGGGAAAUGCAAGAUUUAUUAGCAGACCUUGUAGAAUACAAGAAGAGCAAGGACAAAGGGGUCAUGAUUGCGGCGCGCGGUCUGUUAAGCCUGUACCGUGAAGAAAUGCCAGGUUUGCUGAAGCGACGAGAGCGAGGCAAAACGGCAACCAUCAGUAUGAAAGCUGGAUUACAGCAACCGCUUCCUUUCGGUCACACUCCCGACGCCGUGACGGGAAUUGACGGACUAGAGCUUCUCGAGCAACAGAUGGACCAGCGCCAGUCCAAGGCAGCAGAUGAAGCAGAAACAGACGGAGAGGAUAAAUGGAAAGAUUGGGAAAUGGAAUCCGAUGACAGCUCGUCAGACUCAGGUGGAUGGAUUGACGUUGAUUCCGACAGCGACAAAGGCCUAGAGAUCAGCGAUAGUGAUGAUGACGAACAAGGAAAGAAGAAAGUUGAGGAAGAUGGAAAAGAAGCUGAAGAGGAUAAAGAUAUGAUGCAAUCGGGCGCUGAAGUGGAGACACAAAUCCCGAAUCUUGCAACCACAAAAAUACUCACGCCUGCCGACUUCGCCAUGAUCGAUGACCUCCGACUCAAGGCUGCCACUAAAGCUGUUGAGAGUGGAGGAGGUGCCGCCGCCAAGCGCAAGUUGGCAGCUAUCGAAGCCUUCAAAGAUGCCAAUGCUUCUGGUGUGCGUGAUCUUAGCCAUGCCUUCGUCUCUGAAGGCGAUAUCGUGGGACCGCGCAAGAGGACCAAACAGGACUAUGCAGAACGAAUGGAAUCCGUCCUGAAGGGUCGCGAAGGAAGAGGGAAGUUCAGCUCGACGAAGUUCGGGAAGAAAGCGGAAACUGGGGCCAGCUUAACGAACAGGGAGAAGGCAAGGAAUAAGCCCCUCAUGAUGGUUUUGCAGAGUGGUAGCAUACGCAACAAGAAGAAGGCUUCCAUGAGAGAGAAACAGAAACGAACCUCAGCGCAUGCUGCCAAGAUGAGGAAGGCACGAUGAUCGGACUACUAUACUGCUUGUUGUUAUUUGUCUGAGCAGACGUCCAUUGCAAUACCAUACCCCAGUCAAGGAUGAGUG